GACCGCAUGUGUGUUAGAUCUCGGGCUGUUUCUGUGGGAUUCAGUGGGACUAGCUUCACUAGCUUCACUAACGCGGUUCUUCACACUGCGCUGCUGCUUUCUGCUGAGUGGAUGCAGGCGGUCAGACACUAGUACAACUUCUGACAGCAGCAGGAUGAGCUUGCAGCCAGUAAUUGCGUCCCUGGAAGGAAAAUCUUUGGUUCUGCACAGCAGAGUGGUGUAAACAACACACUUACUGUGGACAAUCUACUCAAAGUGGCCUCAGAAGGAUCUGGAAAGGCUCCAGCCGUAUCAGCAUUACUGUGGUCAUGAUGCAUCCUAGACUGUCCACCUUCACACUAGCGGUUCUGUGCAGCCUGGCAUCAGCACUGUGGGCUUUUCCAUUUGGACCUGUACUAGAGCUGGAUGUCACUCCAAGGACUACUGUUCCUGUCAGUGGGCUUCUGGGAUGUAAUCGUUUCCAGGGUUUGGCUGUGAACUACAGCACUCUGCUGCUGGAGGAUGGAGCUGGGAUGCUAUAUGUGGGAGCCAGGGAGGCCUUAUAUGCUCUGAAUUUGUUUAAUAUCUCUGUUACACGGAACAACACAUCUAUGGAUUGGGCUGCGUCUGCUGAUCAGAAGAGACAGUGCUUAACUAAAGGAAGAGAUAAUCAGACUGAAUGCUACAAUUACAUCCGGUUCCUCGACCGAUAUAAUGAGACUCACCUCUACACCUGCGGGACUCACGCCUUCCGACCUCGCUGUGCCUACAUCGAUGCAGAGCGCUUCAGUUUUGUACGUUUUGAGGAAGGCCGGGAGAAGUGUCCCUAUGAUCCAGCCAAAGGAUACACAGGCUUCAUUGUGGAUGGUGAAAUGUAUUCCGCCUCUCAGUAUGAGUUCCGCAGCUCGCCUGACAUUCGCCGCAACUUCCCCUUCCCCAACCUGAGGACAGAAGAAGCUCCAACAAGGUGGCUUCAAGAGGCGGACUUUGUUGGCUCAGCGUUAUUGAGAGAGAGCAUCAACAGCUCCAUUGGGGACGAUGACAAACUUUACUUCUUCUUCACGGAGAGAAACACGGAGCAGAGCCCAUACUCCAGUCAGACCAGAGUGUCUAGAGUGGCCAGGGUAUGCAAGGGGGAUAUCGGCGGGCAGAGGACUCUCCAGAGGAAGUGGACCUCCUUUUUGAAGGCUCGGCUUGUGUGCUCCAUUCCCGAAUAUGAGCUGCAGUUUAACAUCCUGCGCAGUGUGUUUAUACAGGAAGGACCUACUGUACAAGACAGCACCUUCUGGGGGGUGUUUGGGCUUGAAUGGAAAAAUGUUAAAGCAUCUGCAGUCUGCCAGUACUCACUCAAAGACGUGCAGGCUGUGUUUGAUGGGCCCUACAUGGAACUCCAAGACUCUAAAUGGAGGGAAUAUAGUGGGAAAGUACCAGACCUUAGACCCGGCUCUUGCAUAACUGAUCAGCACCGCGCUCAGCUCAUAAAUACGUCCCGUGACCUUCCUGACAGCGUACUAAUGUUUGCUCGGAGACACCCCUUGAUGGCCAAACAAAUCCAGCCAAUAGGAGGGAGACCUCUACUGUUCAAAAAGAGUGUGGACUACACCAGGAUAGCUGUUCUCAAAGUCUCAGCUGUGGAUGGGAGAAGCUACAGAAUGCUCUUCAUGGGAACAGAUGAUGGGUGGCUGCAUAAAGCUGUAGAGAUUGGAGAUCGAGUGCACAUCAUCGAGGAGCUUCAGCUGUUUGAAGGGUCGCAAGGCAUCAACAACAUGGUUAUUUCACGUAAACAGGGGAGUGUAUACGUCAGUGCUGCCUCUGGAGUGGUACAGGUGCCCCUGUCUGCCUGUGCUCGCUACACCUCAUGUUACGACUGUGUGUUUGCCCGGGACCCACUGUGUGGCUGGGAUGGAAGACAGUGUGUUGAAAUAUCAUCCUACCCUGAUAAAUCUAACAUAACUCAGGAUGUUCAGAUGGGUAACCGUGGGUGUGAUGAUAUGACAGCUGAUGGUUUGGUGUCUCAUCGCACUCGCUCAGUGAUGGCAGGGGACGAUGUGCUCUUACAGUGUGAGCUGCACUCCAACCUGGCUGCCCCGCGUUGGACACUGAAUGGUGAGCAGCUGCAGGGUUAUGGCACUGAAGCAGGUUACCGUACGGGCACCGACGGACUGCUCAUCAUCGGGGCUCAGAGCAGGCAGAGUGGUCAUUACCGCUGUUAUGCUGUGGAGAAUGGCGUUUGGGUUCCUGUACGCAGCUACAUGGUAAGGGUGCAGCCUGUAGUGGCGGCUUCACCUCGUCUACCGUCUGAUCCAACAGCCCUACCGGAAAGUUUCUUCACCACUACGAGCAUGCUGCCCGUCACGCCCACUAGUGUUCCCACUGAGCAGCCCCUGCACUCUCCACCUGCUGCCCUGCCUUCUGGCCCAGAGUUUCAAACCAAUCGCCAUAUGGAGGCCAUGUACAUCUCUCUGGUGGCUGUUUUAGGUGGACUAUGCCUUGUGCUAACUGUGGUUCUACUGUAUGUAAGCUUCUGCGCACACAGUGACCAGGCCGGCAGGAAGUAUUCUCAGCACGGGCUGUCGCUUCCUGCAGUCACUGAGAGAAAGCGGAGCUCCCAUUUGGAGCUGAAGACCAUCUCCAGCCACUGCAAUGGACGAGCCGACAUGCGCGGAAGAGCAGCAUCAACAGACGGGGUGUUCCUGCAGAUAGUUCCAGGGGAAGGCCAUGCCAGCCCCAGCAGUGAGCCACCUCCAGCACCUCCGCUGCCCAUGCCACCACCCCUGCCAUCCACAGACUUCACGAACGGCCUCUCAGCCACGCUCCCCAGCGUCUUAAGAAAGAUGAAUGGGAACAGUUAUGUUCUCCUGGGGCAGGGGGACUCAGAGAUGACCUCACCGCUCUACCAUUCCUUCACAGAAGAGCUCAACAGAAUCUUAGAGAAGAGGAAACACACACAGUUCGAUGUAGAGCCAGACGAGAGCUCAGUGUAGCACCCUUUCUCCCCUGUUUCUCCAUGUAGCAGCCCCUUCAUGUUGGGAAGCUGUGUGUCAAAAUAAUAUACCCGUGGUGAUCGUGCCAGUUUUGCACUCUAUCCUCAUGUACACCUCCAGUAUAUCUAAAUAGAAGCUGUUGUGUAUCAUGAUCAGGUUUUUUGUAAUAUCGUGGACCUUGUGGAACCUAAUGACAUUCAUUAGUAUUGUGAAAAAACCCACUUGUUUAUCUUCAGAGGUCAGAGACUAGCCUCGGAUGGAGAUCAAGUUCUGUAAGGAUGGUUGAAAAUAACAGACUGGUUCCCAGAACACGACGAACUUGCUGAAACAAAACUGGACAUGUGACCUGAAUGCCCGCAGUGUUAAAGUCCAGAGUUUUAGACCCAAAUGUUCUUAUUUAUAUUAACAAUGUUUUGCAUUCAGACAUAGAGAAAGCAAAAAGCAAUGCAAAUUCAUUAUAUAAUCAACAUGGUGUUUAUAGAAAAAAAUGCAGAUUUUUCUUUUUUUUGUCACAUAGCACUGUAUGUAUAUAACACAUAUGUUGCAGUUUUCAUUUCCUGUACUGACUUACAAUCACAAGUGAUAUAAAUAAUAUCUGACACAUAUUUUUGGCCUUUGUCAGAAGGGAUUUGUGAACAGUUUGCAAAAGUAACAUUAAAUAAUAGUUUACAUCA